AUGGAUGCAGCGAAGAAGAAGGCACUUUUUCGAGCAAAACUGAACGCCCAAAAGAAAGAGAAGAAAAUCGAUUCUCCUCUUGUUAGGUACAAUGAAUUGGAUCAACCGGUUUGUAGGGUUUGCGAUGUUGUUUUGAAAUCUGAGUUCCAGUGGGAUGCUCACCAAGCUUCUCGUAAACAUAUUGAGGCAAUAAAUAACAUCAAAGCUAAUGCAGCUCGAGUAAAGAAUGUUAACAAUGCAAAACGUGAACCCUCUGCAGAGUCAACUGGAUCUAAACAUGCGGAUAAUGCUCCACUGAGAGAUACAAAAUCUGAGCCCUCGACAGAAUUGCCUAGGCCCCAGUCUGUUCUUCCUUCAGAUUUUUUUGAUAAUAAAGAGGCGAAGAAACAAAAAACUGGUGCAGAUGCUGUCAAGCCAUUGGAGCCAGAUUCAUCUAAAAAGUCAGCUGAUUCUAUUCAAACUAAGGCGACACAGUCUUUCUUGGAAGAUGAGACAGGUGGAUUGCCUAGUGGUAAUCGUCUACAGACAAAAAAGACAGAGCAUGCUCGGGGUAUUACAAAUACACCCACCGAAAUUAUUGGCUCACAAGCCAAGCAAGGACAGGGAGCUCUUCCUGAAGGCUUCUUUGAUAACAAGGAAGCUGAUUUACGUGCUCGUGGUAUUAAGCUUGUUAAGCCAGAUGUCAAUGAUGAGUACAAGGAAUUUGAAAAGCUGAUCCAAGAAGACCUGCGGGAAGUGGAUGACCGUUUGGAAGAAGAGGAGAUUGAUGCAGCUGAAAAUAUUGAAGAAGCUGAAUCUUUGGAGCAGAAGGCCUAUAGAGAAAGAGUUGAAACAUUGAGAAAAAAGAAAAUGGAGCUGAUGGCUGCCAGGGCUUCCAAACGCAGCAAAGGUUCGGAGGUUGCUAACAAAGAGGCCAGUCAUGAAGAGUCAUCCAGUGACGAUGACAGUGAUGUAGAUUUUGCAGUUGAUUGGAGAGCACAGCAUUUAUGA